CACCAUCAGAUCCCUCUCAGACGGGAUACCAUACAUCAGUGUAUGCGCGAGUCAUGCACCGAGGUAUACUAACAUUGAAUCGCAUGAUCAUUCUGUUCGUCUCACUUCUCAUCCUUCCUGACCCAACAGCUCUCCCACCUCAGCAGCCGCACUUUGACUUUGGUUAUGCCUCGAACGUCUCCGCCUGUGGGCGGAGCGGCCCAUCUAAAGACUCUCGCCUCUCAGCUCCGGCAGACCUGCCGUGAGGUCGAGGAAUGGCUGAGUCGCUCGCAGGACCUCGAUUCAAGCACUGCGAAAAGUGCUCGCAGCAUCUGCAACGCCCUCGCUGAUGUGCUGUCGACGAAUGACAGGUCCAUCUUCGAAAGAAUACAUCGCCUUUUUGCACUGCAGCAUCAAGGAAGUAAGAUAGAAGAUGUUGUAGCAGCACUCAGUUACGCAAAUCUAUCCGCAAUUACUUCUCUGGUAAUCGCUUUUCAACGGCUGGCUUGGGAGGUCGUCCUUCCCACCUUGCUCCUAGAAAGCGCUCAGCUAGCGCUUGGCAAUGAUGGCAAGCAAUGCAGAGAGCUGGUUGAGGGUUGGGAGGAGACAGCAACCUGGUUUGCGUACGGCAUAAAUCUCGCUUACAUCAACUUGGUCGAGAGCGCACGAGAGAGCGAUGAAGAAGCGACGCUGGAUAUGGCAGCUAAAGAGCGAGACAGGCUCUUUGAUCUUCUGCCGGUCUACUCUGCAACUUUGGCAAACUACGGCGGCCGGCUGGGCCACGAAGCGGUUUACAUGUGCAUACUCUCGAUUGAUUGGGCCGUUGAAGAUAACAAACGUCUAGCUGAAGACAGGCUGUCACUGCGAGUAUGACACUGCGCCCCAAAUUCCGUGGCUUCAAACAGACUUUUGCCAACCCAUCGCGCUACUUGGCGUUCCCGCAGAUCUGAGCUUGGACUGGCACUGUGCCGACUAGAUGGUACGAUGAUCCAUUUAGCUAUGCGCGAACACAUCGCUGAC